GCGAUCGAUGAGCUAUGCCAGAAACUCAAGCGCCACGUCGCGGAGGCUGAGGAAGCCCUCAUGCAGAUGAAUGAUGAAGAAUCAGAUGAGUUGUGUGCAGAAUUCCAUGAAGGAAUAGCCACGCUUGUUUUCAAGGAUUUUCUGCAGUCGGGAGGGUCGCUGAAAACCUUACGAGCAGCUGUGCAAAAGGUCACACAGCAGGGGGAGAUGUUCCUUCCCUUGCCACCUCUGCCCAUGCCUCAGGAACGACUAGUUCUCAGGCCUCCCGAACCGUUGCAGGCUGAGGCCGCGCCAGCAGGAAAUCAGCCAUAUGAAUGGAAAUUCCUGGAAAUGCCCGGUCGUGAUGUUUGCAGCGUCUUGCAGCUUGAGAAUGCUCCCGCAGAUUCCUGGCACGGCUACUCGUUCUUGUAUAGCUUCAACGAGAUCUGGAGAUUCAAAACUCCUUUUACGGCAUGGUAUUCGAAAAGUUUUCAUGGCGUCACCCUGCCUUUACUGCGAGCCUGGGGAUUCGGGCCUUCUCAUGUAGUGAGACGCAGUGUCUACAAGGGACAGAGCCAGGCCGCGCAGGAUGAGUCAACCAACAACCUCCGGCUGCCCAUAGAUGCAGCUACGGUGGCGGGUCACCUUGCCUGCUUAGCCAGUCAGCUGCAGAACCGAGGAUGCACAGCUGACGCCCUCAAGCACGGAUUGCGCACUAUCAAGAUAUGGGAUGAGCAUUUGCAGGUGACGAGACGUUUUUGUCUUCUGCGCAACGCAGGAGACACAGAGAUACAUGUGGAACACAACAAGAUUAUUCUGGAGAACUUGCGUAGCGCACUCCAAGCAGGUCAAUUGGAAGGCUACGUAGCCAUCAUCGGCCAGCACUUCCCCAAUAAUGCGGUGCACAUCACGUUGGGAGACUUGCUCUUCGUGCUCUUGUGUGGCCGUUCCACGCCGACACUGAGAGAGGACGAGGAUGCGCAGGUCGCCACCAGGCGCGUGGUGCAGGUGUUCGCUCAGGAAGCUGAGCUUGCCAUGAGAGGCUCCGCAUCACCUUUGCUUCUCGACUGCCCGGAUCCAUCUGCCUGCAGUUCUUUUCAUCCAAUGUCCAAGACUGCUCGUAAGAAGGGCAGUCCGAUCCUAAAGCUACAGCUCAUGAAGCGUUUCGCCUGCAAAUCUGGCGGGUAUGUUUCAACGAAGAACGAGAUGUCCCUUCAGGAGUUGGGACUCGUCAGUCCCAACUCUCGCGUGGCGGGGCGUUUGGCCAGUGAGUUCAUCAUGAGAUACCUCUGCAAGUGUUCCAGCCUUUGUCAAGCUGUCCGACAGAAGGUCUCUACAUCCACGGAGUCCGAGCCUCUGGUGAUUAAUCUCUGUAUGGACGCCGCACGCAUCUGCAAGCAGCAGGUGCUCUCGGUCGAACUGAAGAUCGACCACCAUUCAUGCAACAUGAUCCAGAUACUGCCGGACUCCAAUCCCGGACACGAGGGUUCAAGCACACUUGCAGCCAUCAACAAAGCUGCCGAUGCAGCUUUGGGUUUGGGUGACAGUGCCGCCAAGCAGCUGCGCGUCCUCAGUCGGCAUCUCAAGACUUACAGGCAGAGCACGAAGGCACUCAUGCAUGCCCUCAGGAAUGCUUUGCAGGUUCUGCUUCCAGGCUACAAUUACAGGACUUCCAUCCCCGACAUCGUCCUGAUGCCAUGCGGCAAGACGGUGCGAUAUCCCUUGACAGCCACGGAAAAGGAACUCAUGGGCGUGUCUCCAGACCUGAAACUCCAUUUCUUGUGGGACCCCGAAACAGCAACAGCCCACCAGGAUUUCUAUCCCGAAAGUCAGAGACAUAUCGCUCGGCUCAUCAUCAGCGCUGACGAGGGUUCAGAAGGCUUCUUGAUGUACCAACACCUAGCUGAGCAGGGAGUGCUGAUCGUAUUUUGGUGUGACAUCAGUCACAAACUGCAUCGCAAGCAGUCCAACGCGAUAUGCCGGGUUGCGGAGGCAUCCGACCUGCUCAAACGUCUGGUGAAAGUCUUUAGGGCAAGUCGCGCCCCGUACGAUUCGUCCAGAUUCGGUCAGAUGAGAUUGGACGCUCGGGCACGCUUGUUGUCCGCAAUGCAGCAGGCAGGCGACACGUCCACACUGGAGGCCAUCAGUGGUGGCGUUGCCCGAGAUCACAACCUUGACAGCUCCCAGCUCACACCUGAGAAGACGCUGCGGAUUCUUCUUGACAAUGCAGGUGGACUGCACAUGGCCCCAAGCGACGUGAAGGAAGGACGAUGGUUUGCAUGGUUCGACCAUGCCCGGCGCUUUGACAGUUCCUGGAAUCUUCAAUGGCUGGAAUGUCUGUUCAGUUUCUUGGAACACGGUGAGUCCCCCUACGACAGAGAUUCGGUUCUGGACAACGAAGACGGCAGUGGAUCGCUGCGGACUUUGAGUUGGGAGGCCUUGAGCUCAGGUUGGCGUGCCACGGCCUCCCCUUCCAUUCCCGUCCUCAUGUCAUCAGGUGCUUUCGACAUGACACCACAUCCGUGCUAUGGCAUGCUUGAGCAGUAUGCCGCAACCCAGAACUCGGACCUGCAGAACAACAGCAGCGCCUCGCUUCGUCAGGCGCUGGUCAUGGCAUCAGGCGCACGAUGCCAAAAGUUGCUACGCCUCAUUGUGAGCGAGAACAUCGCAGCAAAGACGCUCCUGUAUGUGAACGCCACUCAUGCAGCUUCAGAUGAAACGCAAGCGGAGAAUCUAGACUUUCACUUCAGGCUGCUGUGCUCUUGCCUUGCGAGCAUGGCCGAACUUGAUGACUACGCAAAAUCAUAUCCCUGGAAGGCCGUGUUGUGCUUGAAGGACAGUAUGUGGCCUGAUGUGUUGGAUGAUCUUCGCAGAGAGUGGCAGAUGGUGAGACUCAUCGACCGCUCCAAGCCCAAGAAUUUGCUUUUCAAGCUCUUCUCGUGGACGCGUUGGCAGGCAACAAGAGAGCUGUACAUCGCAGCCGAGUGUCUGGGAUGUUAUUGUUAUGCAGCACGCGUGAUUUUCGUUGUGGCAUUACAACUUAGGUCCAUUGGAUUUGAUGAGAAUCAUUCUCAAGCAACAGCUGUGAGAAAAACCGCCUUGAGCGUGGCUGGUGUGACAGAACAGAACGAAGAGCCAAUUCUACAGAGCCUGGCGUGUGAACUGAUGUUUAACGAUGCCAGAGACUGCCAGAAGCGACACAGAAAGGCUGACUGGACGCGUCCUGUGAAUGUCUGUGGAGCCUGUGUGACAUCGGGAUGGACACGUUCGCCGUUCGAGUCAGUCAAGCUGCACAGCCAAGACUGGCAGGAGGAUGCUUCGCUCUCAGCUUUGCGCUCGCACGUGCUCAGUGCUCAGCGCCAAACUGACAAGGAACUUGGCGUGUGUCUUCAGUCGUUGAUCUCGGACAGGUCCUGUAGUCACCUCACGAAGCCGCACAUUUUCUGUGACCGACUUCGACUCUUCAGAGCUCUGAGAGCAUCCUUUGAAGCUGCAGCCUGCGCGGAGGAGGAACUGGAAAAGAGAGUAGACGAUGCAUGGCCUGUGUCCCUUCUGGGCCAGGAGCCGUGCAUGUGGCACACAGCCCAAGAUGAAUGGCGCCUGAUUUUAAAGACAUCCUCCUAUUGCGCCAGGUGCAUGCACGUGACUCAGGCUCCGCGUGAUGACGAACGCAAAAUCUUCCUUCUUGUGCCAAACACCACCGUCGUGUUUGAUUCUCUGGAUGUUCGCAUGGAUGGUCAGGAGUUCAGCCCAGUUCAUCCUGUUGUUUUGGAGGAUGGAAGCCUGGCCAUGGAGAUCGAGCAGCCUAUGAGCCUGCGCAGCUACAUGUGCAACCAUACUGUUUGCAGCAUCCCUGCUGGCGCAUUGACCCGCUACUGUGUCUGGAGAGGCAUAAAGAAUGCCAACAAGGUCAAUCAUCGCGAACGUGUACGAAUGAUCUUGACAGACGCAAACAUGUCCAAGGAAUACAUCCAGGAAUGUGUCGACAGCAUCCCUGUGCGGGAAAAGCGCAAGACAGAGGAAGACGAACCAGAUACUGAUGAUGAAGAGCAUCAAAAUGAAGCCGAGUUGUAUGUGGAGCUGGAUUACAUGAGUGAGCACGAUGCCGAUGAUUCCGGUGCCUCGCCUGAGAAUGCCAAGAACGCUAAAGGAGAAGGUCUGCUUGCUGGUCAAGCCACGGACGAGCAAGCCAAGAAGGAGAAGGUCGAUGAAGCUGUGAACACAGCUCUAGAUGAUGACAAGCCCGGUCCAUCAUCAGGGUCACGAGCUGUUUCUGCGUCGCACUUCAUAUGA